AUGGGCCUCAACCUCCCAGUUCUUGAAUAUUUGACCGUCUACAUUAACCAAUUUGAGGGGCUGAUUCCCCCGUUGAUAUCGAAUUGCACAAAACUACGGAGCCUUCAACUUCAAUCUAACAAAUUUUCUGGGAAAGUACCUUCUUUUGAAACUAUGCAUGAGCUUUCUUCGCUUAGUAUCUUUGAUAAUCAGCUUGGAAGUGGAAAACCUGGAGACUUAAGCUUCCUUUGCCUGUUGACCAACAACACCAAAUUAAUGGAUGUGGAGAUUCAGAUGAACAAGUUUGGUGGGGUGUUAUCAAAAUGCAUAAGUAAUUUAUCUACUACUCUCACAAUACUUGCAACAAAUGAUAAUCAAAUAUCUGGUGAGAUUCCAAAAGAAAUCGGGAAUCUUGUCAACCUAGAUGUUUUGUCUAUGAGUUUCGCCCGUUUGUCAGGUGGCAUACCCUCAAAUUUGGGGAAUCUACAAAAUCUAGUGGAGCUGUUCUUAGAUGGUAACAACUUGCAAGGGACUAUCCCAUCUUCUUUUGGAAAUCUAACCAAUUUGCUUCAACUAGCUCUUGCCAAUAACAACUUGCAAGGGCAAAUUCCUUCCUAUCUAUCAAAUUGUAGGUCUCUUAAUUAUCUUGAUAUGUCUUUUAACAAUCUCAGUGAUGCCAUACCCCCACAGCUUAUAGGUCUCUCAUCAUUAGUGAUCAUUUUAGACUUGUCUCAUAACCAUCUGACUGGGGUUCUACCCAUAGAAGUUGGCAACUUGAGAGGUUUGAUUGAGUUAGACAUCUCGAACAAUUUGUUGGGAGGGAAGUCGUAUAGGCCUCCUUAUCCGGCCCUCCAAACGACGUCUCCUUCCGUGGCCUACAUCUUCAGAUUUCAUCGUUUCCACCUGCUUCUGCGAACUGUUUCUACGAACUGCUGUUGCAAGCUUCUGGAAUCGAUUUCUUCUAGUUUUCUGCUGGUUCUGCUGUGCGAAAUUGGUCUUUUACUAGGCCUAGGGGUGUUGCUGAAGUUAUUUCGGGGUGCAGACAAGGUGUUUGUGAAAAUGUCUGCAAUUGCUGUGGGGGAUGGAAACGAUUCUAGUGAAGGACGGCCUAUGGCUGCUGCCUCAAGAGGACAUCCCAACCCCUCCUCUGGCCUUGGCUCACUGUCGAAAUAG